CUUUUAAUCAUUUGAUUAAUAUUCUACAGUGAAUAUAGUGUUUGAGCAUUCCAUUUUAAUUAAUGCUUACUUCGUUUCAAAUGACCAGGAACAUAAAUAAACCAAAUUCAGUAUUUUGACUUCAAACUGUAUUUAUAAUAACAUGAGUGGCUAUAAAUUUUAUACUGAAUUAUCAUAAGUAGAUUCAACUAACCAAAAUGCAUUAAAAAUGAAUAGUUUGAGUAAACAUAUAAAAAUAUUUGAAUUAAUUAUACUAAAAUAUACAUAACUAAUUUAAAUUUAAUCAAUUUAAUUUAUUGUAAUUAUAAUUUAUUUCUGAACCAAAAUUGAACUAAACCAAACAAAAAUUUAUACCAACCUAAAUUAAAUUCGGUUCUGUUUGGGACCUAUUUUGCAAAACACUAGUUAUAAUUCAUACUAGCCAAACCAACCAAACCCACCCAAAAACGUAGGCUUAAUAUCGAUGUUAGACAGAGAUUCUUCUCAGACAGGACACAUUAUGCUACCCCUCGUCCAUUAACAAUGUCUUUGAACCGUUGGCCAUAAUGAUUGAUGUUAGAGUAUAGUGUAUGGUGUCAUCUAUAUCAUAGUUCUUGUGGGACUCUGGCAGACAUAACUAAAUGUUUUCAUGAACAUCUUGAUACAUGUUUCUAUAAGCCAAAAUAAAACAGGUCGAUUUUGUAAGAAUGUUUUGGAAGAUUCGAUGAUUGUCACAUGAGAUUGUCGAGUGUGAUAAGUACGUUGCACAGUCUUGAAUAUGUAUUUAAGUAGCUUUUGUAGCUAGGAAACAAAGAUCAUGCUUUUUUGGAAUCAAGAUCAAGGGCUCUUAUUAUUGUAUCUUGCACCUUCAUUGUUAGAUAUGGCUGUGUUUAGGACUUAGGAUGUUCUUAUAAGUGGUUAAUUUGUACCAUUCGCUUCUGCGUUUGCUUUUCUAUUUUGUCCAUAAUAGCAACUCUUUUAUCUCCAUUUCCUCAUGUUGAUUUAGUGGUCAUGCAUGUAACAUGGAUUGGCAUAUAUAUAUUUCCCUUGUUAAUAUGUGAUUUUAAUUGUUAUAAACUGCAUAUGCCUCUAUCAGUUAGAUAUUUAUUGUUUAUAGCAACUUCUAGCCAGCUACUAAUUGAAAAAACAUUUUAUUUUUUUUCGUUUUGGUUUACUGUUUCUAAAUUCUAAAAGAUAUUUCUCAAACCACUAAAAUCAUGUUUUUAAUAUGCAAUUGCAGCAUAUACUACAAAGGUAUAAAUUAAAGAACAAUAUUGCUAUCGAAUCCUUUUUAUAUACUUGGUUCAAGUUUAUUCGCUUUUAGCCGGCUUCUUUUUUGGUCUUUGUUGCUUCACAUGUGGUUCUUUUUUGGUUCAAGCUAUUGUUCCUCUGGUUCAAGCUAUUGUUCCUGUCUUCUUUUUCUCAUUUUCAUUGUAUCUGGGAAUUGUAUACGGAAGGAUCAACAAAAUGAAUGAAACAUAUAUAUUUUUAAGAAAAUAUUGUCUGGACAUAAUUAAAUAUAAUUGGUGAUUCAAACAUAGUGACUAACAUGUCAUAAAAUGUUGGAAAAACCAGUAGUUUAAUUUGGUCAUACAUAUCAUUUUCUGGAAUGUGCGAAAGAUGUAAAAGAUUUACGUAUGGGUAUGUACGAAUUCUUAAAGCGUCUGAAUUUCGUUUUCGUAUGAAUACUCCGGAACGCUUACGAUUGAUAAUGGCUUACAAGUUACAUACUUUGAAUCACGAUCAAAGAUCAUGCAACUGGCUAGAGAAAGUCUUAUGUCUUUUAACAUCAUGAUCAUAUUAUCCACAAAUUCUUCUUAUAUCUACGAUUAUUCAUCGAGUUGUAUUUUUUGUAGAGUCGGACCAAAAAAUAUGAAGUUUAUUAUAUUAAUAAUGCUAAAUGAUUUGUUUAAACUAAAUAAAUUUAACAUUACAAGAUUUUUUUUUUGGUAUGGUGGCUCUUAGGUUUGUUGAGUGAAAACUAAGUCUAACCAAAUAGAUUAUGACCUGCAGAUUCGUUACUUGGUUAGUCCAAUACGAUAUGGCUUAAUUAAUUAAAAAGGGCCAAAAAUCUAAUUCGUUGUAUUAAUUAAACACAACACACAUUAUACACGCAUUUGAAAGUUUGACCUCUAUAUAUAUAACUGAUCAAACUGUAAAUGAAAACGAAGCAGGCUUACUAUAAAACUCAUGUACCAAAUAUAUUUAACAAACAUAUUAAGAUAUUUAAUUCCCAGUAUAUAAUAAUAAUUAGUUGGUAAAAUGUAUAUACUCAACUGCGUUUUGUUUAUAUCAAUGACAAAAAACUAAGAAGAAUCUGCAUACAUUGUGAGAAAAGUAAAAGAUUCCAAUGAAUAUUAAAAUGUUGCUAAUACUAUUAAUUCAAUAACUAAUCGAUAAAAUAAAGGGUCGGUUAGGUAACGAGUAGUUAAGAACAUAAACUUAAGAAAUAGUUGAAUAAAUCCAAGCACCGGCCAUAUUCAGCGUCGGCCAAGUGAAAUCAGGGCGCACCGUCAGCAUAAAAAUAACGCGAAGCAGAGGAACAAACCACUCGGGACUUGUGUGCGUGUGAGUUUGCACGUGCCGCAAGUGUCGGUGGCUGCACGUUCGUAAUCAGUCUGACGACUAGAGAGACAGGAUAAAAAGUACAGUCAAAAAGCGAUAUUCUGAUUUUAUUUUGUAAUACUUUUGUAUCAUAUUAUUUACCUCUUACUUAUGCAAAUCUUCUUUACAAAAUGUAUAUAUAAAUCAUAGCUUUUUGUCUGAUAAAGCAUAGAUUUUACUUUUGCUAUAAUUUUUUGUGGUCUAAAAAUACAACCAUGCACAUCGUCAUUUUCUUUGCAUAGCUUGUAGACUGUAGUUAUGAAUUUUAUUUACAUUGUAAGUUUAAAUUGUUAGAUAAAAUGGCCCGUGCAAACAAAAAUAUGCACAUGACUCGAACAUUCGUAUCGGAGACAAAGCAUGAGCUUGGUACUCAAGAAUGGGUUUGAUAAAAUGCCAUUAUUAUGAGUCAAUCUUAAACCACAGCUGCUGUACCAAGUACUUGUGGACGCAUCGAGUUUUGAUUUGAUUCGGACUGAUCAUAAACUUAAAGACAAUAUAUUACUUUUUUUUGGAGAACUUACAAUUUUUUUUUAGAACAAAACCAUAUGUCAAACUUGCACUUGAGAAUGGAAAUUUUUAUCUAUAGAUGUAAUCAUGUAAGACUUGCACAUACCAGAGGCGUAGAUGCUGGUAGACGCCAAAUAAUCGGUGAACAGUGUCAGAUAAAUUAUUUUGUGCUUCUUUCGACAAAUACAUUAUAUCUUAUUAACCGGUAAAAUUUCACAGACCGAAACAAAGUGAGGAUGAACCAAAAUGAGCCUUGACGUGAGUCUUUUUUUUAAACACCAAAAUGUUAUACCAAAUUAAAUACUCAAAGAGUUUAGAUGAUAACAGUGGGAGAAACGCUCAUCGUCGAAAGUCGAAACAAUACAAAAGGACAAUUAAAAUAUAACGAAAAAUAGAUAUGGCAAAGAAAAUAAAAGAUCCGUAAAAAUAGAUAUGACAAUGAAGUCACAUGUACUACUCAAAAGAUGGGUUUGUGAGCGGUUGGUGAUUGUCACUGCUGAUGCUAAAAUCGCUGGAGAGAGAGAUACUGGUUGAUCCUCUGUGAAAACUCCUUGGUGAUAAAGGAGAGUUGGAACCAUGAAAUCUGGUCCAGAGUAUUAAUCGGAAAAAGCAAGUAGCACCAUAUCCAAAUAAAGGAGAUUCACAAGGGGGAAGCCGGGACAGCUAAAAGUAGAAUCAUGAAUUCCAUAUUGAAAGAGAACGCUAGAACCUAAUCAUAAUGUGAGGAAAGAUUGAUUCUACUGAUCAUAUAAUUGGGUAAAUAACUAAUAUCUUGUAGUUAAUUUGGUCCUAGAAAGAUAGUCAUUUCACAUACUACCAAACAAUGGUUUGUAGAUUAGGAUGUAACAUACAAAUUAAAACUUAGAUUUUAGAAUGGUGGCACGGGGAUUUUGACACAAAUGUUAAGAAGAUGAAAUUAAUAUAGUUAUGGAUCCAGUUAGCGUAUGCAAUAUUAUGUAUAACCCUUUGUUUCACUAUUAGUGUUUUAUUUAUGGCAGCAUUAAGAAUAACUCUUUGUCAAAAGACAUGUUUAUUGUGCACUAAAAAAAGAAAACAUCGCAUGUUUAUUUACUGAAUUAGUCAAACAAUAACAGCUAGAUAAUAUACAAUGCAAAAAGAUUUUUUUCCUAAAGUUAACGACCAAAUUAAAAUAUGAUCAGCGUAAGAAAAGAUGACACAAGUAGAUUUGUUAGUAAUUUAAAAAUAGAAAUUAAUAGGGAAAAAACGAGGACCUAAACUCAUUUCAUUUGGUUAGAUCAUAAUCGGGACAUAAGCACAAUGAAAACUCAGAUACCAGAUGAUUCGCCGUCGAACAUGGACACGUGUCGACAGGAAAAGAGCCACAUGUUUGUGAUUGUGAAGACCAAUGCACAGUAGUUCACGAGUCAAUGAUUGGAUCCAAAGAGUAAUUUCCCAAAAUGUUAGACCAUCCGCAUUAGCGGUUUAAGAGAGGUUCGUGGGCUCGAAAUCUUAGGCCCGUUGGUUUAAAAAAAAAAGAAAAAUUCGAUAAGUUUGAUGAAACGGGCCUUGCGCAUGAACCCGUAAGGGGCGGAUGUUGCCACGCGGCGUACGCUGGUUGGUCAAGCGUUCCGCGUUGACGAGGAGGAAAGUCGGGCCACGUCUUGUUUCUUCUCAUUUUCCCCUUUCUCUGAAAAACUAGGGUUUCACCGUGAGAGGCGACUUAUCGUGCGACGACGAUUCCCGGCGUUUUUCUCGACGUAAUCGACGACGUCCUCUUCUCUCCACCAGCGUAGGUGAGUUCCUUGUAGGUUUAUAGCUUUAUUGGGUCGAUUUUGGGGUGGGAAGCAAUUAUUCGAUUUUGUAAAUUUUUUGGGGGUUUCGAGUUAGGGAUCUAAAUCGUCAUAUGGGUUUCGAUCAAGGGUUGUAGAUCGUGAUUGUUUUUUGUUUUUGGGUUAUUUUUGCAGAGAUUUGAAAUCCAAUUACGGUUUCGUUUUAUGGGUGAGUGAUGGGUUUAUAAAUUGAGUGAUUGGUUUCGUUUUAUGGGUUAAAUGGAGUGAUAGGUUUAUGGUUGCAGAUCGUGAUAGUGGUUUACGAGUAAUUAUUUAACAAAAUCUUGAUUUAUUUGACAGAUGGAUCCGGAAGAAGAUAGAAGACAUUCAAAGAAGCAACAUGAACACAUCAACAUGUUAAGUUUCGUGGCGGAUUCUGAGUACGGUAUUCCUAAAAGGUGUCCGUGUGGUGGGAGACUCAUAAACGAGGUGCGCGGGGAGGAGGACUACGACACUCUUCCUGGGAAGCGGUUCUUCACCUGCAGAAACUACGAGGCUGAUGGGCUCCAUUAUCGUCAGCCUUGGGUGAUAGGUGUGCAGGAGGAGCUCGAGAGGCUAACUAAACGGGUGGAAGAGGCUGAGGAGGUGAUGCUGGGGGUGUCCACUCUUAGUAAACGGUUUGAGAGACUUGAGGAACAGGUUAAUUCACUCAAUGAGGCUGUCUAUGACCUCACUGUGCAGGUCCAUUCCCUCGAGAAGGUCUGCUUCGAUUGACAAUGAAAGGUCACGGGUUGGAGGUGACAGUGUUGCAGGUCACGGGUUGGAAGUUUAGGUUGUUGCAGGUCACGGGUUAUGUUUCUUUCUACACUGCAGGUCAAUCAUGUACUAUGUCUAUGUAUUUUGCUCUUGUUUGUCUUGUUUAUUUCAAAGUGAUCUUCUAUUUCUUCUCUUGCUCACGGAUGUACAACAUACAACAAACUACAACAACUAAAUUCAAACAACAAAAACCUACAACAAACUACAACGUAAAGGCCAAUGACCUGGCUUGUGGCAAUGGAAGCAAUCACCAGUUCGCAUGGCUAACCAAGGAGUGAAGUCCGUGACCAACAAACACACAUACAAGAGCAACUACCUUCAACAACAAACAAGAGCAACUACCUUCAAGAUUGGUAAGAAAAUAUGGUUGUAGAAUAAAAUAUGGAUGAAGAAAAAAUUGGAUUCUUUAAAAAAAAUGGUUUAUGAAAAUUAGAAAGAAUUUUAGUUAAAAUAUAAUAUGAUUGAAGUUAAAAAUUGGAUGCUUAAAAAAAUAUGGUUGUAGAAAAUUAUAAAGAUUUUUAGUUAAAAUAUAAUAUGAUUGAAGUACAAAAAUAGGAUUCUUAAAAAAAAAAUGGUUUAUGAAAAUUAGAAAGAAUUUUAGUUAAAAUAAAAUAGGAUUGAAGUUAAAAAUUGGAUUCUUAAAAAAAAUGGUUUAUGAUAAUUAGAAAGAUUUUUAGUUAAAAUAAAAUAGGAUUCUUAAAAUAAAAUAUUAAAUUACAAAUCCCCUUUUGUCAUGUUAGGAAGAAAACAUCAACAAUGUCAUCCUCAUCAAGUGAUGAAGUUGAUGAAGCUAUAGAAGAAAUGGUCGACGAAGUAGUUGAUAAUUACAUCGACUCAAUAGUUGAGGUCCAAGGUAAGAAGCCAAAAAGACGUGCUUAUAUCGACAGAGAUCGGGAACAAGGACACAAUCAACUAUGGAACGAUUAUUUCAAAGAAAAUCCUACAUACCCACCGGAAAUGUUUAGGAGGCGUUUUCGAAUGAACAAGCCAUUGUUCCUUCGCAUUGUCGAACGUAUAAGUAAUGAAGUUCCAUACUUUCAGCAAAGACGAAAUGCUCACGGGAGGAACGGGCUAUCUGCACUUCAAAAGUGUACGGCAGCUAUACGUAUGCUGGCAUAUGGUCAAUCGGGAGAUACAUAUGACGAAUAUCUCCGACUCGGUGACAGUACAUCACGUUUGUGUUUGGCAAAUUUCACGGAUGCAAUAAUAGAAUUGUUUGGAAAUGAGUAUCUACGAAAACCUACAGCCGAAGAUCUUCAACGCUUACUCGAUGUUGGAGAGGUACGGGGGUUUCCGGGGAUGAUAGGCAGCAUCGACUGCAUGCAUUGGGAGUGGAAAAACUGCCCAACGGCUUGGAAAGGUCAGUUCACACGUGGUUCAGGAAAGCCGACAAUUGUCUUAGAAGCCGUGGCAUCACAAGAUCUUUGGAUAUGGCACGCAUUUUUCGGCUUACCAGGUACCCUCAACGAUAUCAAUGUUCUUGAUCGGUCCCCUGUUUUUGAUGACAUCUUACAUGGUCGAGCACCAAAAGUUAAGUUCAAGGUCAACAACCACACUUAUCGUAUGGCCUACUAUCUUACUGACGGAAUUUAUCCAAACUGGUCAACAUUUAUCCAAUCCAUCCCACUUCCUCAAGGUCCUAAAGCCGAGAAAUUUGCAGAAAAGCAAGAAUCCGCCAGAAAAGAUGUCGAACGGGCUUUUGGAGUAUUGCAAUCGAGGUUUGCAAUUGUUAAAAACCCAGCUCUCCAAUGGGACAAGGAGAAGAUAGGAAAGAUCAUGAGAACUUGUGUCAUAUUGCACAAUAUGAUAGUAGAGAACGAACGACACGGAUACGCUCAAAUUGAUACUUCUGAGUUCGAGUCCGGAGAAUCAAGCAGAACUUCGAGGGUGACAAGGAGAGAAAGCAUUCAUGUCGGUGAUAUGUUAGGCAUGCGCAGAGAAGUUCGAGAUCCAGAGAAGCAUGCUCGUUUGAAAGCUGAUUUGAUGGAAAAUAUAUGGCAAAAGUUCGGUGAUGAAGAUGAAUAAAUAAGUUAUGUAUGUUAGAAAAAUUUCUCUUUUAUGUAAUGUACUUUUAAUGUAUUGAAUAAAAUGUUUUCAUAAUUUUAAUAAUAUGUUUUAAUAUUUUAUUCAUCUUUUCUGAAUAUUUUAAAUUUUUUUUAAAAAAAUUAAUAUUAUUAUUUUAUUCCUAUGAACUCCUUCAUCGGGUUCACUAAUGCAGAAAACAGCAUAUCCAAGUUCAUAACUGUUCAUGGGCCCAC